AGAACUGACAUCUUGCUCUCCCCUGGAACGAAGCGUACAGUGCUCCAAGCAACUUCCACCAUGGCGAUCGACAGUUUCUGGACACCGGUCGAAACGAAUUAUCAAAAGCAUGUCCCGCUGGAAGAGCAGUCCCUUGAAGCCAGUGUAACAUUCCCACUGGUCGUCAGAACAGCAAGAAAGUGCACCAAAGAGGCGUUGCUUCGUGAAAUCAGUACCCUAGCAAGUCGGCAUCAUGACGAAAACGCGGUCUCGCCAUUGAGGAAACUGCUGGAUGCUCAUGGUGGAGCAAUACAGUUUCGAGAGCUGCCUUUGCAUUCUCCUGAGGACUUUUCCGAGUUUCUGGAAGUCCUAGCAGGUGAUGGCCCUUAUGCCUGGAAACCCCAUACCCAUAGAGGAUCAGAAGUUCUCAGGAAGCCAUUGGCGAAGCACGUCAUGACAGCAAACGAAGGACCUCCUAGCCAUUAUAUUGGCUGGCAUAACGAAUAUUCGAUGUCGCCAGCUCAUCCUGCCUAUGUUGUUCUGUACUGUCAAGAAGCUCCUACUUCCGGUGGUGAAACUUCACUUGUCAAUGGGAUUGCAUUGCAUGAUCGCAUGCGGAAUGCAGAACCAGAAUUUGUGCAGAAAUCGAUUGAUAGUGGGAUCGCUUACAAGGUUCCUCACACAGCUGUCCAGCGAGAUGGAACACUUGGUGGUGCUGGCGUCUACAAGUCUGGUGCUUUUGGACCACCGGACGAUGCUCAGAACGAGAGCUGGAAAUGUGAUAUGCAAGAUACUCCGGAGAAUAGAAAGGGUGUCGAAGAUCGCAUUCGUCAACUUGCUAGAGAAGGUGGCUGGGAUCAGGACCAUAGUCAGACAAGUGGAAAUGUUCCAGCAUGGCAGCAGAAGGGAUUCGAUUGGACCUGGAAUGAAGACGGUGGUCUUGAAGUUUUACACCGAAUGCCGGGUGUUCGCGUCCACCCGACGCAGAAUGUGCCCGCACUUUUCAACUCUCUGUCCACGCGCUAUCACAAUGCCAAAAAGUACAAUACUUUCGAGCCUCCUUUCACAUAUCGUGAUGAUGACGGCGUGGAGAAAUCUUUCUGGCCACCGCACUUUGCCGGACACGAGAAGGACGAACCGAUCCCGAGAACAUGGCUAGCAACGUUGGACAAGUAUCAGAAAGAGUUAGCCAGUGAUGUACAAUGGCAUACUGGCGACGUGUUGAUCGUUGAUAAUUUUGCAGUGCAACAUGCUCGGUGGUCUUGGACUGGGAGCAGGAAAGUGCUUGCAAGUUUCUGGGAUCAGCCCAGCCUGAAGGCCUUACCUGUAGUUCAGUGA